UUAUUCCAUAAUAAGAAAUCAUCAGAUCAACCAUUUUUGUCCGGUGAUGCAAAAAUACAACUCGUAGAUAAGGUUUCCAACUUUUUAAGAAUGUUACUACCUGUGUCUCGAAUAGUAACGCGAGGUUCCGUUUGUCGAGGAGGCUCUUUGCUUCGUAGAUUUUCCUCUGCGUCUACUUCAGAUUCAGUCAACUAUACACUCCCCGAGACCUCUUUUAAAACUUAUGACUGUGAGCCACCUCCACUCGAAAUUGAAGUAAAAAAAAAUGAGGCGCUUGAAAUGUAUAAAAGUAUGGUUUUAAUGCGUAGAAUGGAAACUACUGCUGAUAAUUUAUACAAGAUGAAGUUGAUUAGAGGCUUUUGUCAUUUGUGUACUGGUCAAGAAGCUGUGUCAGUGGGUAUGGAGGCUGCUAUUACGCGCGAUGAUGCGAUCAUAACUGCUUACCGUUGUCAUGGUUAUACUUUGAUGCGUGGUGCAACUGUUCAUCAAGUUCUUGCUGAACUUAUGGGCCGUUCUACUGGUAUUUCCAAAGGAAAAGGUGGUUCUAUGCACAUGUUUGCAAAAAAUUUUUAUGGUGGUAAUGGUAUUGUUCCAGUCGGUGCUGGUAUAGCUUUUACUCAAAAGUAUUUAG